AUGGCCAAAGUUCCAACAUUUUCUCUCAUCAUCAUUAUCAUUCUCCUCUCCUUGCUAGCCAUUUCCCUCCCAACAAGCUCCCAAGGAUUCUCUACAAAACUCUCCAAGAGAGAGAUGCGGAGACCAGAGCAGCUAACUCACCUCCAUUUCUACUUACACAACCUCCUCCGCGGCGAAGCCACGAACGUGGUGGUGGCGCAAGCCGCCACCACGAACACCUAUAAAUACAGACUCGACGAGGUGGCGGUCUUCGACGACUGGCUGACGGAGCGCCCGAACCUGGGCGAGCUCAGUGUUGGGAAUUCUUGUAUUCAUCUAAUGAGUGCAGCGGAAAUUGCAUACAAGAAUACAGAUCUAGAUUCAUAA